AUGGCUAACUAAACUAUUAAAGAUGUUGAAACGUUUUGGGACGAGUUUUCUGAAGAUUACUCCUCUUAUGACUCUGGAUCAAAUGUUUUAUUUUUAUCUCUGGCUAAUAUGCUCAAAAUUGAUAAGAGAGACUCUAUAUUAGAAGUAGGAGCUGGAACGGGUUUUCUCUACAAUCAUAUUUUAAAUUAUAAAAAGUAAACUGCAAAAUAUGUUGCUACAGAUAUAUCAGAAAAAAUGCUUCAAAUAAUGAGUAAAAGAUUAAAAUUAGAAUACAAAGAAAAUCAAGUUAAUAACUACGAGAAGUACAAUUUAACAAUUCAAAAAGCUAAUGCUGAAUAAUUACCAUUCGAAUAAGAAAGUUUUGAUUGCUUGAUUGGUAAUUUAUGUCUUCAUAUAACUCCUGAUCCUGUUAAAAUGCUCUCAGAAUCUUACAGAGUACUUUAAAAAGGAGGAGUAGCUGGAUUUUCAGUUUGGGGAGAUGAUAAAGGUUUAUACUAUUAUACUUUAAUUCCUACAGUUUUAAAAGAGAUGGGUUAAUAUGUUUAGUAAGGUAGAUCUUAUUUCCACUUAAAUGAUAGGGAAAGCCUCAUUAAAAUGAUGGAAAGUGCUGGUUUCUCUAAUAUUAUUUGCUGGAAUUAAUUCACUCCUUUCCAUUAUAUUUCAGAAGAAGAAAUGAAAAAAGUCUUAGGGACAUAUUAUAGCGAAGAAAUAAAAAAUAAGGUUAUUGAAAAAUUUAACGAGCAGAUAAAAAUUAAUAAAAAGCCAUUUGGGUUAGAUGCCUUAAUGAUCAUUGGAACUAAGUUAUGA